CUUGUGUCGCGUGAAGGGCCCGAAAGUCAACGACGUUUGGAAAAGUUCACGUCUCGAGGAAAGAAGAAACGAGAGAGAAAACGGACCAUUUAACACGCUCCUAAUAAUAGCCGGUGCGCGUUCGUACGCGAGUAUACUAAGCGCCUAUAAAUACACACCUACCACGGCCCGCGGAAACACGAGCCCGUGGAUUUCACGGUGCAACCUGCCACGAGGAGAUAGAAAAGACGCGAGUCGAAGGGAAAAGAGGGAGAAUAUAAUCUCGAAGGAGGGCGCACCUGGCGCUCUAAGAGAAACUUGCCAUAAUCGGAUCUAGUCGGAGGUAGUAACGCAAGAUAAUCGCGGCACACGGGACAAGGAAAAGAGAGAGAAAGAGAGAGAGGGAGUGUGUGCGUGAAGCAAUCGGGUCCACCGGCUGCUGCUGGUGUAUCAACUCGAAAGCAGAUUAGAGAAUAACCGCACCUGGAACGAGAUUUUAUUAUUUCGCGGGUAUAUCCUUUCUUUCCGUCUCGUAACACGAGAAACAUCCCGGCAGGGCUCGUCGGCCGGCCGAGAGAGCUUGCAGCGACUCUCUACCAGCGGUGGCCUAAAAAUAUCUUCUUCCUGCAUAUUCCGACGCGUUUACAGCAUCGAGUCUCGUUCCUGCAUUAUCGAAUUUUUCCCUGCUUUCUCCCCGUUUGAAAGCGUACUUCGUUUGGAGGAUCCACGAGUGUGACAGACGCGAGCCGGUAAGAUGUCACGCAGGUGAAAGACCGUGACUAUCGAAAAGUUAUGAAGAUCAUCGAGUCCAUCCCCGUAGUCGAAUAUCCGCCGUCGGAACGAUCCUCGAAGGAAUCAGGUCCCGUCCGUCGGCCGAACGAUCGGUGCGCGGAUUCCUCGACAGGAAUCGAACCGGAAGAGGAAGAUUCGAUCGCGUGGUAAAGAUACAGUGAGUGAAACGAAGUGCAAAGAAGAAAAGUGGUCCACGGUGGAGGGUGGAGGAGGGAACGGUGUGCAGGGGGUCGCCGUGGGCCCCGGAGAUGAUGCGAUGAUGGCCUACGGAGGAACCACCGGAAACGGAGGUGCGAUGGGACCUUCUUCUGGUGGUGCGGACGUUUUGGGCUCGACCGGUGAUUACAGCCCACAGGGAACGCCGACACCUCUCACGGGACACUCUGCGGGACCCGUCGAGGCGACCACUUAUGGUCCUGCCGCAGGACCCACCAGUUAUAGCCCGCAGGAUAGCCCCGCGAGCUCCGCCGGCGGCGGGAGUAGCAACGGGCAAUUACCGAGCUUUGGAUUUACCCAGGAACAGGUCGCCUGUGUUUGCGAGGCGAUGGUGUCGUCUGUCCAGGUUCUCCAGCAGGCUGGCUCCGUGGAGAGACUCGGCAGGUUCCUGUGGUCCCUGCCGGCGUGUACCAGGUUGCACCGACACGAGAGCGUCCUGAAAGCCAAGGCGAUCGUCGCCUUCCAUCGGGGACAUUUCAAGGAACUGUACAGGAUCCUUGAGAGCCACACGUUCAGUCCGCACAAUCAUCAGAAACUGCAAGCUCUUUGGCUCAAGGCUCAUUACAUUGAGGCUGAGAGACUCAGAGGAAGGCCUCUUGGUGCAGUCGGAAAGUACCGCGUUCGACGCAAAUUCCCACUGCCCCGUACAAUUUGGGAUGGGGAAGAAACGUCUUAUUGCUUCAAGGAGAAAUCCAGAAGCGUCUUAAGGGAUUGGUACUCUACCAACCCUUAUCCUUCGCCUCGCGAGAAACGUGAACUGGCAGAAAGUACGGGUCUCACCACUACGCAAGUCAGUAAUUGGUUCAAAAACCGAAGACAAAGGGAUCGUGCUGCCGAACACAGUGGCCAAAGAGAGGACAAAGCGCACGUCGGCGGCUUGGGCGACACAAGCAGCGAGAGCGGCGACGACACAAAGAGGCAGGCAGUUAGCCAACAGCAGCAACAGCAACCUCCCUCCUGCGCGGUUCAACAACAACAGCAGCAGCAACAAUUGGUGGAGCACCAGCAGACGUCCAGCAUGUACCAGCUUCCGCCUCCGGUUUCGGUUUCCAGCCCACACUCGUACCACCAAGGCCACGGCGCGACCUUGAGUCAUCCUCACACACCGAGCCACCACAUGCAACACCACGACACCGGCAGCGAGAGCGGCGACGACAAGCGAAACCUUCAUCAUCAGCUGCAACAUCAUCUCCAGGUCGGUGCUCAUGGUACUCCUCACGGCUUGGUACAUCCCACGGCGACCUUGCCACCGCCACCACCCAGCUGCGCCCAACAGAAGACCCAGUUGGACUAUAUGCAGUACUAUAGUCCACAGGAUUACCUGAUCACACCAACCUCGGCGGACCUCCAGAAGUCCCUUCCGCACACGGCCACGUCGAUGCAGAUGGGUGCUAUAGCUCCUUCCAUGGGUGGGCUUAGCCCGAUGGGUCCGUCGACGAUGCUACCGAACACGAUGCAAGGCGUGAACACUAUGAACACGAUGUCGAUGAACGGCAUGGGCAUGGGUGCCUACCAGGGCAUGGGUUCCAUGGGGAUGUCCACGUCGCACGUUCGCAGUCUGUACAUAGAAAAUGAGCAACGAGAGAAGAGCGAGAGAGAGCAGAUGAUGAUGAUGAUGACGAUGGAGCAAGCGACGCACGAGGAACGAUUGAGAGAGAGAAUGAGAGAGAAAAUGAGAAAGGGUGAAACGAGAGAAAGAAAAUGGCAUCGUAAAGGUGAUAAAGCGUCAAGAGGAUGAAAAGAGUAAGAGUUUUGUUUUGUUUUUUUUUUUAUCGGUUCUCUAUUUAAGAGGCAUCUAUCGCGCAGAUGCUCGAAAUUAAUGUAUUAUUGGAUCGGCUGCGACAUUGCCUUCGAGAGAUUCUUAUCUAGGGAUCGCUGUGGAGGGAUAUUUUUCCCUUUAGAAUGAGUCCUCGGGACGAAACAGGGUAUGCAAGAGGAAAUGAGCGAAGAACGAGAGAAAUACUGCUUAUCGCGUAGUUUUUUGUUAAUUCAGGGGAAAAAUUUGAUCGAUUUUAGACUUUCUUUUUUUACAUUUUUUGCUGAUUUUUAAUUGGGCUCAUUACAGUUUUCUUUCUGAAAAUUCCAAAUUGUCAAAAUUACAAAUUUUCUCUUUUUAUUUUGUGAAUUUUCUGUUUCUUAAAUUUUGGUCUUUUUUUUAUUUGGUUUUCUGUUUCUCAAAUCUUGAUCAUGUGAAUUUUUACUGUAUCAUAUAUUAGCACACUUUUAUUCUGCAAUUUUUUAAAAUACACUGUAAGUUGAUAACAGUAGUUUUAUACAUUUUUGCAAAUAAAUUGCAAUUCAACUUUUAAAGACUGCAAAAUUAAACAUAUAGAAAUU